CACUACAACAAUUAUACGUCUUGCCCAUCCUUCAACGAGAUAACGAAAUAAUUUUUACUGUGCAAUGCUUAUGAAAUAUUUCUAAUUUAUAUUGUAAAUAACAAUACAUUUUAUUUUAUAUUCGAUUCAUCACCAUAAUUAUUAUUAUAAGGAGUGAGGUUCUAAACUUCUAAGCUUUUAUCGUCUGGAUUGUCAUUUAUCGGGUAAACGUAUCAUUAAAGAACUGUUCGACGCCAAACCGUUUCGUCUGUAUUGCGCAGGCCGCCUUCGCACCGUACCAGUGUACCACGGAAACCAACGGGGCGACUCCCCGAAAUCAACUUCCAGUUCCAACAUUUUAUCGAUCUUUGGACAUCGCGUUUCUAUUUUCACAUUUGUGAAGUUGGCUGAUAAAAGUGUCUACUAAACUCACAAUAAUAUAGGUGUAUAAUAUUAUUUUGUUUUUAUCAGUCAAAUGCUGUUGUUAUUAUAGUAUAAAUGGCAUCAUUUAAUCAAAGCGUGGAUGAAAAUAAACAGAAUGGCAAGAGGAAAUGGAAUGAUUCACAUUUGGAUAUUGAAAGAAAUUCUCAGGACGAUGAGGACGACCACUCAAAUACUGAGAUGGAGCAAGGUUACCAGGAACUCUGCAAAACUCAACCAACCAUUCUUGUUGAAGAUUUCGAGCCAAUGAAGCCACUUGAAGAAGAAGAAUUAAUGGAAGCAUCUUUAACUACUGACCGUAAACAAGUUAUUGUUGGCAUAUGUGCCAUGAAAAAAAAAAGUUUUUCUAAACCAAUGAAAGAAAUUCUCAACAGGCUAGCUGAGUUUGAAUAUUUAAAAAUGAUAGUUUUUGAAGAAGAAUUAUUGUUGAAACCUAUUGAAGAAUGGCCCAUUUGUGAUUGCUUGAUAUCUUUUCAUUCUAAAGGAUUUCCUCUUGAAAAAGCUAUUAGAUAUGCUGAGCUUAGGAAUCCAUUGGUAAUUAAUCAUUUGCCAACUCAGUUUGCCCUCCAAGAUAGAAGGCAGGUUUAUUCAAUUUUGGAAUCUGAAGGAAUUUUAAUUCCUAGGUAUGCAGUUUUAGAUAGAGAGUCUCAGGAUCCAAAUUUACACGAAUUAGUAGAGUCUGAAGAUCAUGUGGAAAUUAAUGGUGUUGUAUUUAAUAAACCAUUUGUUGAAAAACCAGUUUCUGCUGAAGAUCAUAAUAUCUAUAUUUAUUAUCCUACUUCAGCAGGAGGUGGAAGUCAAAGACUUUUUCGUAAAAUCGGUAGUCGGAGUAGUGUUUAUUCUCCAGAAUCUAGAGUUAGGAAAACUGGUUCUUUUAUAUAUGAAGAUUUUAUGCCAACUGACGGAACUGAUGUGAAAGUAUAUACUGUUGGCCCAGAUUAUGCUCACGCGGAAGCACGGAAGUCACCUGCAUUGGACGGUAAAGUUGAACGUGAUUCUGAAGGUAAGGAGAUACGAUAUCCUAUUAUCCUCAGUAAUUCUGAAAAAAUGAUUUCUCGUAAAGUAUGUUUAGCAUUUAAGCAGACCGUUUGUGGUUUUGAUUUACUACGAGCAAAUGGUAAAUCUUUUGUUUGUGAUGUGAAUGGAUUUAGUUUUGUUAAAAAUUCAAAUAAAUACUAUGACGAUUGUGCCAAAAUAUUAGGAAACAUGAUACUUAGAGAGUUGGCACCUACACUUCACAUACCUUGGUCCGUUCCUUUUCAAUUAGAUGACCCUCCAAUUGUUCCUACUACUGUUGGGAAAAUGAUGGAAUUACGGUGUGUUGUGGCUGUUAUAAGACAUGGAGAUCGUACUCCUAAACAAAAAAUGAAAGUUGAAGUUAGACAUUCCAAAUUUUUUGAUGUGUUCGAAAGGUAUGGGGGYAAAAUGAAAGGAGAAGUUAAAUUAAAACAUCCUAAGCAGCUUCAAGAAGUAUUAGAUAUUGCCAGAGCAUUGUUAGAUGAAAUUGAGCAUCACGAAGCUGAUCAAGAGCUUGAAGAAAAAAAAAGAAAACUUGAACAACUAAAAAGUGUUUUAGAAAUGUAUGGUCAUUUUUCAGGAAUAAACCGCAAAGUUCAAAUGAAAUAUCAACCUCAUGGAAGACCUAGAAAAGAACAAAGCAUAAAUUUUAAACAAGACCCAUCACUUGUUUUAAUACUUAAAUGGGGAGGUGAAUUAACWCCUGCAGGAAGAGUUCAAGCUGAAAAAUUAGGACAAAUUUUCAGAUGCAUGUAUCCUGGAGGCCAGGGUAGAAAUUCAGAUACUCAAGGAUUAGGGCUACUUAGAUUACAUUCUACAUUUCGCCAUGAUUUAAAAAUUUAUGCAAGUGAUGAAGGCAGAGUGCAAAUGACAGCUGCUGCAUUUGCAAAAGGAUUAUUGGCUCUUGAAGGAGAAUUAACACCAAUUCUUGUACAAAUGGUUAAAAGUGCCAAUACAAAUGGCUUGUUAGAUAAUGAUCGCGAUUCUAGUGAACAACAAAAUAUGACAAAAGAACAGUUACACAAAUUAAUGCAGAAUGACCAUAUAUUUACUCCUGAAGAUCGUGCAAUGAUCAACCCUUGUAGAGCUAUUAGUAUAGAUGAAGCAUUAGAUUAUGUAAAAAAUCCUGUUCAGUGUUGUGAAAUAGUACAAGAACUAAUACAGAAAUUAGUUGCUGUUGUAGAAUCCAAAAAAGAUGAUCCCAAAAAAGCAGAUACUGUAUUAUACCAUGGUGAAACAUGGGAACUUAUGGGACAACGAUGGUCAAAAAUUGAAAAAGAUUUUUAUACUAAAAAUAAAAAAUUUGACAUAUCCAAAAUCCCUGAUAUAUAUGAUUGUAUAAAAUAUGAUUUACAKCACAAUCAACGAACCUUACAGUUUGAAGAAGCUGAAGAAUUAUAUACGUAUGCCAAAUAUUUGGCUGAUAUAGUUAUUCCUCAAGAAUAUGGGUUAGAUAUAGAUGAAAAGGUUACUAUAAGUCAAGGAAUUUGUACUCCUUUAUUAAGAAAACUUAAAUCUGACUUGCAACGAAAUGUUGAAGAGCCAUGCGAAGAAGCAGAUGAAACUGUAAAUCGCUUAAAUCCUACAUAUUCUUAUGGUGUAUUAAGUCCUAGAAGACAUGUUAGAUCUCGUUUAUAUUUUACUAGUGAAAGCCAUAUCCAUUCUCUUUUAUCUAUUUUGAGAUUUGGUGGCCUAUUAGAUGUGAACAAUGACGAACAAUGGGGUCGAGCUAUGGAAUAUGUCAGUAUUGUUUCAGAACUUAACUAUAUGACACAAAUAGUUAUWAUGUUGUAUGAAGAUCCUACCAAAGAUGUAAAAUCUGAUGAAAGAUUCCAUGUAGAACUACAUUUCAGUCCUGGUGUUAAUUGUUGUGUUAGAAAAAAUUUACCGCCAGGUCCUGGUUUUCGACCACAAACCGGUAGUAAUUUCAAAACAAAACAUAAAGAUUACGAAGAGGAUGAUUCAUUAGACGAAGAUGAAGGGCAUAGUAGAUUUUCUGUAACAGAACCGCAAAUUGAAGAAGAAGAAGAAGAUCAUAGCCGUUUUUCAAUCACUGAAGAUGAUAAAAAAGAAUCAUCAGAGCCACCUUUAUUUUCUGAGGAUGACACUUGUGAUGGACCACUGAAAUUCAAAUUUUGUCAGCCUCAAAAUGCUACAGCCAAGAGACAUUGUUAUUUUUCUCAUUUGUUCUCUGCAUCUCCGCCAACCAGUAGUUUGUUUAGUACUGCUGUAAUUAGUGGCUCGUCUAGCACUUCAGAUUUACAUGAUUUGAUGACUGGUCCUUCAAGCUAUGCUGGUUCAAUAAUUGGUUGUGAUGGAGUUCCGCCAAUACGACCUUUAGAAACGUUACACAAUGCAUUGUCACUAAAUCAAGUUAUAACUUUCUUUGACAAAGUUAUUAAUAACCAAGAACCAAGUUCACCAGAAAUUUGGCCAUAAUGUAUUAAUCAUUAUAUUAUAAAUACCAAUAUUAAACAGUAUGAUUUA